AUGGUGCUUGACCACUUGGUGAUGCUUGCUGUGCUCACUAGAGAGGACGUGGAAGAUAAUUUUCCUGAUGCGACGAUGAAACGUCGUCAAAUCGACCUUGAAUUUCAGAAGGUCGAGGUGGAAAAGUUAAGAGCGGAAAACGAGCGUAUGCGCCUUGUGCAACGCUCAGAGCAUGAUUCGUGCGACUCGCGGUUUCAGCUGAAAGAAGCCGUGCGAUUUGUUCCUAGAUUCAGUGAGCAGGAACCAGAGUAUUUUUUCGCUCACUUUGAGCGUAUUGCUCAGUUGCAUGUGUGGCCCCAGGAUAAAUGGGUUUUGCUGAUUGACAGCGCUUUUACAGGUCGAGCCCAGGAGGUAUUUUCGGCACUUGAUCUUACACAAUCCCAAAACUAUAAUAUUGUAAAGCAGGCAAUUUUAAGUGUGUAUAAAAAAGUGCCAGAAGCAUAUAGACAAGAGUUUCGUAACAGCCGCAAAGUUGCUGGCCAAACAUAUGUAGAGUUUAUAAGACGCAAAGAAAUGUUGUGCCGUAAAUGGGUUGAAAGUCAACUUUCAUCCCGCGAAUAUGAACAAUUAAUAGAGUUGUUCAUACUCGAAGAGGUAAAAAAUUGUAUGCCAUUAAGAGUCCGUAGCCAUAUAGAAGAGAGAGGAUUAACUACUCUGUCAGAAGUUGGUAUGGCUGCUGAUAACUUUUCCCUGACUAAUCCUCAAAUUAAUUACAGAUCACGAGAGUCGAUACCCCAUCCUAACCCUUCCAGACAUGCUCCUCCAGGGACUGUGAAAUCAGAGCGUGGGGUGACUGAGACAUCUUGUGCCCGUGGUCCCUCUUUCCCUAUAAACUUCGGUAAACCUGAUGACAGAUCUAAUGGUAAAACCGAAAAAAUACUUUUCUGUCGUUAUUGCAAGAAGGUAGGCCACUCGAUUUCUGACUGCAUUAAAUUAAUUCGUAAGCGUUCAGACGAUGCUAAACCUGUAAUGCAUAUUAGCAUGAACAAUGAAUCCAUAGCAAUCCCUAAAGAUUUUCACGAUAACUCUGAUGAAACUAAUACCAUUAAUCAACCUAAGCAGAAGAUUCAUGAAGUAAGUCCUUCAUUCCUUCCAUUCCGUUCCACAGGUUUCAUUGGUAUGGUCGGAGCAGAGGAGCCUUUUCGCCCUGUCAGUAUCUUGCGGGAUUCGGGUGCAGAACUUUCACUGAUUUGUAAGCAUGAAGUCCCUAGUUCAGUGUGUUAUACCGGUGAGAAAGUUCUGGUGGAUGGCUUUACGGGGAUAGCUGGUUUGCCUAUCUGUAUUGUAUAUCUCAGGUCAGAUCUAGUGAACGGUCCAGUAAGACUGGGGGUAGUAGAUUAUAUUCCUGCUAAGGGUAUAUCUGUAAUAAUUGGUAAUGAUCUCGCAGGUGGUAGAAUGUGGCCCUGCCCAGUAGUCACAUCCUGUCCCCUGAACGAGAAUAAUACCGAAGAAUUGGAACUAAAGUACCCACAGCUCUUCCCUGCGUGCGCGAUCACACGUAGCAUGAGUAAAAUAGCCACAAACUCAAAAGCUGCAGAAUCUCCUGUUAUUGAAAAUGACGUUUUAGGAGACUUCACUCUGAAGGAUUUCUUUAAGGAUGCUGAUAAGAUAGUGAUACCUGCUAAUUCCGAGGGGAUCAUUCCUUUGAAAGGUAAACCAGUUACUAGGGAUGAACUUAUAGCAGAACAAAAUAAUGAUCCAGAUUUGGCCAAAUUUUAUGGAGAUAUAGUGGAUGAAAAUGAGAUCGAUAAUUUUGGAAAUUGUUUCUAUCUAAAAUCUGGAGUCUUAAUGCGUAAAUUCAGGAAUGUAAAUGUUCCUUCAGAUGAAAUUUGGAACAAUGUCCAUCAGAUAGUUGUUCCAAAAUCACUACGUUCUGAAAUACUUUAUUUUGCUCAUGAUUUAUGUGGUCAUUUGGGUGUAACUAAGACAUAUUUCAAAGUUCUAGCUCAUUUCUAUUGGCCCAAACUUAAAAAGGAUGUUGGUAAACACUGCCAGACAUGUCACAUUUGCCAAGUUAAGGGGAAGCCAGGUACCUCUGUGAAGCCAUAUCCCUUACACCCAAUUCCUGCAGUAGUUGAACCUUUCAGUCAAAUAGUAAUUGACUGUGUUGGCCCUCUACCGAAAACAAAGCGUGGUAAUCAGUUUCUUCUCACUAUCGUUGAUAGGGCUACUCGUUACCCUGAAGCAGUGCCUCUCAGACGAAUAACAAGUAAAAAUGUAAUCAGAGCACUAGUAAAGUUCUUUACUCGAGUGGGUCUACCUUCUUCAAUUCAGUCAGAUCAGGGUUCGAAUUUUACCUCAGUUCUGUUUCAACAGGUAAUGCAUUCCUUGGGUAUCAGACAGUACAAGUCGACCGCCUUUCAUCCAGAGUCACAGGGGAUAGUGGAGCGAUUCCACUACACCUUGAAGACAAUGAUAAAGUCCUUUUGUCUCGAAGCAGGGUCGGAAUGGGAUGAAGUUAUUGAUUUAUUACUUUUUUCUGUCAGGGAAAGCGUUCAGGAGAGCUUAGGGUUUUCACCUUUUCAGCUCAUUUACGGCCAUGAGGUCCGAGGACCCCUGAAAGUGUUAAAAGAGUGUUGGCUCAAUGAAGAGGUAGUAGUACCUGUAUCUGUGUAUGUGGAAAAUCUCAAGUGUAAACUUAAAACUGCUAUAUCUAUUGCACAUAAACAUUUGGGUAAUGUGCAGAGUAGGAUGAAAAACCUAUUUGACAAGGCUAAAAAGGCUGAGGUCAGAACAUUUAAGGAGGGAGAAUUAGUUUUGGCUUUACUCCCCAUUCACAAGCAGCCUCUUUGCUCGAAAUACCAUGGUCCAUUUCGUGUAUUAAAACGUACUAGUGAGGUAAACUAUGUCAUUGAAACUCCUGAAAGGCGAAAGAAAAGGCGUCUAGUGCAUGUUAAUCUCUUAAAAAAAUACUAUUCUCGUGAAGAUAGUGGAUAUGAUGUAGAGAAAACAAAGGUCAUCGCACUCAUAGUAUCUAACACUUGUGAUGUCAAUGAAGGAAAUAGUGACAAAGAAUGUGUAGUUUCUAUAGUGGAGCCUAACCUCUCAAACUCUAUAAUUCUAGAUAAUCCUGAGCAUAAACUAGUUCACCUAACAGCAGCUGAAGCAGCCAGCAUCACCUCCCUUCUCCAGGAAUAUCGUGAUCUCUUCAGUGACACUCCCCGUCUGUGUACAAUCUUGGAGCAUGACAUAGAGACAACAAGCGCACAGCCCAUUCGACAAGCACCGUAUCGUCUCGGUGGUGACAAGAAAAAGUUCCUUUCGUCUGAAGUUCGACGCCUCCAAGACCAGGGUCUGAUUCGUCCAAGUUUAAGUCCAUGGGCAUCUCCAGUUGUUCUAGUUCCGAAAGCAGGACUUUAUGAAUUCACCGUCCUCCCAUUUGGAAUGCGAAACGCCCCUGCAACCUUCCAGCGGCUGAUGAACUUCCUAACUGCUGAUUUGGAGGGUGUAAGAUGUUACCUUGACGACCUGGUGGUCUGGAGCUCAUCUUGGGAAGAUCACUUGAUUCGACUUCGUGCCUUGUUCUCCACUCUCGAUGAAGCUAACCUCACUGUUAACCUCAUGAAGAGUGAGUUUGGCCACGCUCAUGUCGUCUUCCUGGGCCAUGUGGUGGGCCAGGGCCAAUUAGCCCCUGUUGCAGCGAAGAUUGAGGCUGUUCAGCAAUAUCCAACUCCCUCUACACGCAAAAGUCUAAUGCGGUUUAUCGGCCUGGCUGGGUACUACAGAAGAUUCUGCAAGAAUUUUGCCCAGGUUUCUACUCCCCUUACGGACUUGCUCAGUACUAAGAGGACAUUCACGUGGUCGCCGAAAUGUCAAAUAGCAUUUGAAAACUUGAAAAACAUGCUGACAAAUGCUCCAGUGUGCAAGCCCCUGACAUGA